AUGGCAUAUACCUGGCAUGGAGAAUUUGAUAGACAGAGAGAAAGAGACAGUGCAUAUCUGCAGUAUCAGUUUUUGUCAAUUGCAAUUUUUGAUGAUUCUUUUUACGGCGGCAACAAUGUUUUAUGGUUUUUUAUCCUCUUAAAAUUUGAUGUUUCGUCUUCCCCAGACGCUAUUAGCGUCCCUUUUCUUUCAACCGGCGAUUCCGGCGACUCCGGCGACUCCCAACGCUCUCCACCGCUGAUUGGGCUACAAACCCUUCUCCCACCGCCGAUUGUCCUCCAAAACCGAGUCCCACCCACCGGCGGUUUAACUCCAAAGCGAGUGUCCUCCAAUUCCGACGGGAGCUUCGAUUUCGUGUUCAUUUCUCCGGCGAGCAAGGUUCAAGUUCAGCAGCUUCACCACUGA